AUGAUCUCGCUGCAGGGUGGAAACACUGGAAGUGUUGAUGCAGGAGGAUACGACGUGCUUACAGGAACUGAAGGAGGAAAUAUCACAGUCGAAUGCACCUUCACUUUCUCUGGAGGCCGGAGGUUCUUCUGCAAGCAAGAAUGUGAAGAAGGUGUUCUCGUUCAAACAGCCGGUGACGGAGCUGUGAAUGGCAGAUACAGCAUUGAAUAUAGCAAGAAAUCUAUACUCACUCUAGUUCUGUAUGUGAGCAUCACACAGCUGACCCGGUCUGACUCAGGACGCUACUCGUGUGGUCUGGACAGAAGAUUGUUUCCAGAUUCACACAAAGAGUUUGAGAUCAUUGUAAAAGAUGCUCCAGCCACAUUGAAACCAAGCUGGACUGAGCGGCCUGUUACAUCACCAGCCCCAUCAGCCUCCACACCAACACCAGCAGCUCAGAGUUCAAGCUCCAGUUCAGGAAGUUUCACAUCUCCGUCAGCUUCCCCAAAAACCACCAGCCAGUGUGUGACAGAGAGAACAGCAACACCAGCUGCACAUCAAGGGAAGCUGCUGUCUGUGGGCCUCAUUCUGUCCGUCAAGAUGCUCUUGAUAUUCCUGACUGUGCUGUUCUUCUGCUGCAGGAGGAGGGGCGGGGAAUCAGAAGGCUGCAGACGACUGGAGUGAGCUCCAUUACUCUGAGGUGGGUUUGCCUCGCAGUCCCGCCUCCUCAGUCAACAGCGCGCCCUGUGAUAACACCGAUGAUGUCAUCUACUCCGUGACCCGGAUGAAGGCGAGCUCUGAAGACACCUAACCCCCUCUCUAUUUGACUGUUACUCUUUCUCUGUGGUGACCUCAGCACUGCUGUGGCCACAGUUUGUCUCUUGUGGCUUACAGGUGAAUAGGGGAGAAGAUCAUUUAUAUUUCAAACACAGAGGUGAAUUUGAGUGCUUUACAUAGGCAGAGAUCAGAAUAAUAAUCAAAAAAGGCCAUUAAG